AUGCCUUCAAAUUUCCUUGAACAAUUUGUCUCACACGGCCCAAAGGUUGACCUGGUUGAGCCGGGUUGUAUUCUCUGCUCUUUCCAAGUCCCUCCUCGUCUAGUGAAUGCGGGUAAUAUUCUACAUGAAGGAGCCACGGCGGCUCUGGUGGAUGUUUUGGGUUCUGCUGCUAUUUAUACUGUAGGUGCACUACUCACUGGUGUUGCUGUUGAGAUCAACGUUUCCUACUUGGAUUCUGCUUUUCUCGGAGAGGAAAUCGAACUUGAAGUCAAAGUAUUACGUGUUGGGAAGGAAAUUGCUGAUGUCAGUGUUGAGUUGAGGAAGAAAAAGACGGGGAAGAUAGUUGCACAAGUCCAAGUACUUGGCUGUCAAUAG